AUGAAGACGGAAAACAGGACCUUCAUCGUUUCCGGCGGGGCGUCGGGCCUGGGCAAGGCAUGUGUCGAGGACCUGGUGAGGAGUGGAAGCACCAACGUCGCCAUCCUCGACAUGACUUCAGAUGCCGGAGAGUCUCUUGCCGCCGACCUUGGUGCCGCCCACUGGGCUCAGCAGACGGCCAGACCUCUGGGCGGCGUUGUUUCUGCUGCCGGAAUAUCCCUACCGGCGACGAUGCUCGAUCGAAACGGCUCCGCCUUCAGCCUCGAUGACUUUGACCUGGUCCUGGGCGUCAACCUGCGCGGCACCAUCGACCUCGUGCGCCAGUCCGUCGAACAAAUCGCCAAAGUCGACGCCGAUGCCGACGGAGAGCGUGGCGUCGUCAUCAUGGUCGCAAGUUCGGCCGCAUUCGACGGCCAAAAAGGCCAGCUCUCGUACUCGGCCAGCAAGGGGGCCGUCGCCAGUAUGACCCUCCCCAUGGCGAGGGACCUGGCCCGCUACGGCAUCCGCUGCAUCACGAUAGCCCCGAGCUUGUUCGAGAGCAGGAUGACGAGCAUGAUGUCUGCAAAAGUGCGCAGCAGCCUCGAGGCGACUUUCGAGUUCCCCAAGAGAGCUGGACGGCCGGACGAGUUUGCUCAGUUGUACCACUUUGAGAGCAACGAGUCGCAGCGCGUGCGCUUCUUCUCGCGCAAGCAGAGCUACCACGAGAACACCAUGGCGGCCAUGUCCGUGUCGUACGACCUGGCGCGAAUUGUGUCGUACCAGUGCUUCUCCUAUCCGCACGUCUCACACGUCACGUACGCCUACCGGCACAAGCACGCCGCGGAGUCGGAGGACGACUUCACCGCGCGGCUGCUGCGGGAACUGGAAGACGAAUUUCUCAGAGUUGGGCCGGAGACGGUCGUUGCCUUCAUGGCGCAGACUGUCAUCGGCGCGAUGUACGGCAUCCUACUGAUCCUGGACGACAUCGUGUGCGGCACGGACCGGACGGGAACCUUCUUUGCGUUUGAGCAGGAGGGCAUUGACCCUGACAUCGUUACCGGCGCAAAAGGCCUCGGAGGGGGAUAUGCGGCCAUCGCAAGCAUCUACGUCCAUGGACGGAUCAUCGACACGCUCCGUCGGGGGUCCGAUGGCUGUUGA